AUGGCGGGUGCAACAGAUUAUGCAAAGGAGCUUUUACGAAGGCAGUUUCUAGAAAUGAGCCGCAAUCCACCUGAGGGUGUAUCCGUGGGUCUAGGUGAUGAUGACAAUAUUUUUAACUGGGAGAUUUUGCUAGUGGGUCCACCCGAUACGUUAUACGAAGGAGCAUUUUUCAAAGCGGUGCUCGAGUUUCCCGCUGACUUUCCCAAUAUGCCGCCCAAGAUGACGUUCAAGUCUGAAAUGUGGCAUCCUAAUGUGUAUCCAAACGGUGUAGUGUGUAUUUCGAUCCUGCACCCGCCUGGAGAGGACCAUUUGAACCAACAGGAAACAGCAGAUGAGCGAUGGCGUCCAAUUCUCGGUGUUGAGUCCAUCUUAGUGUCGGUCAUAUCUAUGCUCUCGGACCCUAACGACGACUCACCUGCCAAUAUUGACGCUGCGGUGGAAUGGCGAAACGACAAGGAAGGCUUUAAGAAGCACUGCCGUCGUAUUGUGCGGAAAUCCCAGGAGGAAAUUUAG